UCUAAAACUCUUAAGUUGUUACAGGAAGACUUCAAAUAGAUCAUUGCUCUAUUUCAACACUAUCAAGUAUCAAUAUAUACCGCAGGUUCCACUGUAUAAUUAGUAGUCAUAAUACCAAAAGAAAAUCUAGCAAAAUGAAGAAAGCAACACUCCUCUUCUUGUUUUCCCUUCUAUGUGCCCUAAAUUCUGUAAAUUCGGCAACUAACAAUCCGGUGCUAGAUAUCGCAGGCAAGAAGCUGGUUACAGGCACCGGCUACUACAUACUGCCCGUGAUCCGUGGCCAAGGCGGCGGCCUUACCCUAGCUGCAACCAGGAACAAAACUUGUCCACUUGAUGUUGUCCAGGAGCUGCAUGAAGUUAAAAAUGGCCUUCCAGUGACAUUUACACCCGUAAAUGUCAAGAAAGGCGUGAUACGCGAAUCCACGGAUAUGAAUGUCAAGUUUUUGGGCGCCACGAUCUGCGUGCAAUCGACUGUCUGGAAGCUGGACAAGUACGAUGAAUCGAGGAAGAAGUAUUUCGUGACUAGUGGAGGAGUUGAAGGAAGUCCUGGUGUUAGCACAACAGGGAACUGGUUUAAGAUUGAGAAAAAUGGGGAUGAUUACAAGCUUGUGUUCUGUCCCACGGUGUGUAAGUUCUGCAAAGUUAUUUGUAAGGAUGUUGGUUAUUUUAUAGAAAAUGGGAGGAGGAUUUUGGCGCUCACAGAUGAUGAGCCGUUCAGAGUUAUGUUCAAGAAAGCCUAAAGACACCGGAGUUUCCUAACGUUUUUGAGAAGCUGAGAAUAAAACAAUGUAAUUCUCUGAAUAAUUUCACAAUAAAGUAUCAAGUUUGAUACAAGUUCUAAUGAACUUCUAUACUUCUCUCCCAUAAGAUUAUCUGAUUAUUGUUAAUUUUCAGGGAAUUCUUUUUUGGCA